AUGGAUCAGCAAGUAACCCGACUCGUCAACAAGAUCUGGGUCAAAUAUUGCUCGACUCCGGACGAUGCGCGCAUCAUGGUAGCCAUCAGUGGCAUUCCAGGCUCCGGGAAGACAGGUCUAGCAACCAUGAUGGCCACGCGCAUUAACGAAAUCCACGCCUCCGAGAACAUAACCAGCCCUAGUCCAAGACCGAUAGCCAUUGCCAUUCCAAUGGAUGGAUACCACCUGACGCGCGCACAGCUGGCCGCCAUGCCAGACCCGGUCUACGCGGCAGCACGGCGAGGCGCUGCCUUUACAUUCGAUGGCGAGAAGUUCUUGUCGCUCGUUCGUGAUUUGCGACAACCAAUUCACAAGCAGACGGUCAAUCUCUACGCUCCUAGCUUCGACCAUGCUGUCAAGGACCCUGUUGAUGGGGAUAUUGUCAUUCCGGCGGAUUGUCGGGUGGUCUUCUUCGAGGGCAAUUAUCUGAGUUUGAAUCGAGAGCCGUGGAGUACGGCUGCUGCGCUGAUGGAUGAGCUCUGGUUUGUGGAUGUUGACUUUGAGGUUGCGAGGAAGCGGUUGGUUCUGAGACAUAUUAAGGCUGGCAUUGCGAAAGAUGCGGAGGAGGCGGAUAAGAGGGCCAGAGAGAAUGAUCUGGUCAAUGGGAAGGAGAUUGUCGAGGAGAGAUUGCCGGUGCAGGAGGUUGUUUCGAGUAUCUUCGAUCCAAUUUGGGAGAAGUCAUGA